AUGUCGAAAGCCGCUUCUGCGCGAGCAAAGUUCGCAGAACUUCGUGCUCUUCGAGAGUCUGGAAAGAAGCGGUCUCGAUACUUACGAAAUCAAGAUGAUUUCGUCAUCGACGACAACGGCGAAGGUUACGCAGAUGAUGGCCGUGAGGAUUGGGAUCGAGAUGAUAGACGAGGCUACGGAACUGAAAGUGAAGAGGAGCUUCCUACGAGGAGCAAAAAUGGAAAGGCUGCAAAGAGGAAAAGAGAGGAAGAAAAGGCCAAAAAGGAAAAUAUGGACAAAGGCAUUAGCAACUAUUUCACCAAAGGACCGGCAGCUGCUCAGCAAAAGCCAAAGCCUGUUAAAACGAAGGCAGAUGACGAUUUUUUAGAGGGACUUUUAGGGCAGGUAGACACCAAUGUUCCUCGGCCAAAAGCCCAGCCUUCGAGAGUUAGUAGGACGCAGGAAAAGAGGAGGACGAGAGCUCUAUCUCCAUCGCUAAACGAAUCUCGACAUACGUCAAAAAGAACUAAGGUAGCGGAUAGUCGAUCUGCCAAUACUACGGCUGCGCCAUCUAGCCCUCCUGUCUAUAUGGGCGACGACGAUGAUUUUAUGGCGGGAAUUGACGACGAUGAUAUGCCCAUUGAUGAACCGCAGCCUUCAUCUCCUGUGGCGAAAGCUGUCGAGAGAAGACUUCAUAUCAGUGUUAAGGAAGAGGAAGAGGAUGAAGACAUGAUGGAGGUCGCUCAAGCAGAUGGUAUCACAGCUAGCAGCGUCAAUAUUUCCGGGACCAGGCCUCCGCCCAAGUUGAAGAAGGAGCUAUAUCCAACCCCCACAACUUCAUCCCCACCUCGCGGCCCAAUUGACGAAGUGGAUGCAUCGUCUUGGAACGAUGUUACGCAACGAUUGAAUGUUAUGAACAGUAGCCAACCUACGGAAACAACGUCCUUUGGAAAACUCGACUAUAAUGACGCAAUUGAAGAAGAUGGAAGCCUUCACAUGUUUUGGACUGAUUAUACUGAGAUGCACGGUAAUCUGUGUCUUUUUGGCAAGGUCAAGAACAAGAAGACGGGCACUUUUGUUAGUUGUUUUGUAAAAGUCGACAACGUUUUGAGGAAGCUCUUCUUUCUUCCACGACAAUACCUUCAACGUAACGGUCGGGACACAACUGACGAGGUGGAGAUGAAGGAUGUCUACGAAGAGGUUGAUAGCAUGAUGACCAAAAUGAAAGUUGGGAUGCACAAAAUCAAACCUUGCACUAGGAAAUACGCUUUCGAACUACCUGAAAUACCGAAGGAAGGCGAAUAUUUGAAGUUACUGUAUCCGUACUCAAAUGCAGAUUUUGGAGCUCUUAAAAACGCUUCUCACUGCAAAUUAGAAGUUCAGGUUACAAAACCAAAUCUGAUUACUCCCAUCAGCGAUUCUGAUAAUCUCGAAGCGCCACCAUUGACUUUGAUGAGCAUUGCGAUGCGAACUGUUUUCAAUGUCAAAGAAAAUAAACAAGAAGUUCUCGCAAUCAGUGCACGCAUUUAUCAAAACAUCUCGCUAAGCGAUACCACUCCACCUGAAAAAUUGCCUUGCCAAACUUUUACUGUCAUGCGGCCAAAUGGAUCACAUUUUCCCAUCGGAUUCGAGGGUGUGGUUAAACAGCGUUCGAUAGGGCUUGUCAAGCUAGUUAAGCAAGAGAAUGAGAUUUUGAGCUACUUCCUUGCUCGUUUGGAUUCAGUUGACCCAGAUGUCCUCGUUGGCCAUCAAUUAGAAGGCGUUGAUUUUAGUAUUCUACUAAGCCGAUUUCAAGCUAGAAAGACCCCGCAAUGGUCACGAAUCGGUCGAAUGAGACGUAAACAAUGGCCAAGCUCUAUGGGGAAGAUGGGCGGAAACUUCUUUGCAGAACGCACGCUAAUGUCAGGGCGUCUAAUGUGUGACUUGGCCAACGACAUGGGUAAAUCGACUAUGACGAAAUGUACAUCUUGGACCCUUACAGAGAUGUGCAGCCUUUACUUGUCAGGUACUAACCGUCGAGAAAUCGACAACGAGGCUGCAUUGAAGACAUGGGCUACUAAUAAGGAUGGCCUCAUGGACUAUAUCAGUCAUUGCGAAGCAGACACGUACUUCAUUGCAGCUCUGGCCUUGAAGGUUCAAAUGCUUCCUUUAACCAAAGUUCUCACUAACUUGGCGGGAAAUUCCUGGGCAAGAACACUUACCGGUACUCGAGCUGAACGCAAUGAAUACAUUCUGUUACAUGAAUUUCAUCGCAAUAAGUAUAUUUGUCCUGACAAAGCUGUUUUCAAAGGUAAACAGCAAGUCGAGGAAGAGAAUGCUGAUGAAGAAAGUGGGGAUGUUAAGAAGAAGGACAAGUACAAGGGAGGUCUAGUAUUUGAGCCUGAGAAAGGUCUAUACGAUAAAUUCGUGCUUGUCAUGGAUUUCAAUUCUCUGUAUCCCAGUUUAAAUCUGUCCAAUGACGAGGAUCGGGUUCCAGAGGUGCCAAAAGAUCAGGAUCAAGGUAUCUUGCCUAAACUUAUUGCCACACUUGUCAGUCGACGUCGACAAGUCAAAAGUCUUAUGAAAGACAAACAUGCAACCUCGGAGCAAUUGGCGACUUGGGAUAUUAAACAGUUGGCACUGAAGCUUACUGCUAACUCUAUGUACGGUUGUUUGGGUUACACCAAAUCUAGAUUUUAUGCUCGACCACUUGCAGUUCUCACUACAUACAAGGGUCGUGAGAUUCUUCGAAGUACCAAGGAUCUGGCCGAGAGCAAAUCUUUACAAGUUAUCUAUGGUGAUACAGAUUCCGUCAUGAUCAAUGCCAACGUGGAUAAUAUCCAAGAUGCUCUUGCAGUUGGAAACGACUUCAAAAAGUCUGUCAACGAUUUGUACAGGCUAUUAGAAAUCGAUAUCGACAACGUGUUUAGACGUAUCCUACUUCAAGCUAAGAAGAAAUACGCUGCCAUUAACCUUGUACAGGUCGAUGGAAAGUUCAUUGACAAAAUGGAAGUCAAGGGUUUAGAUAUGAAGCGUCGAAAUGUUCCUGUUCAAAAAUAUACAAUCUACACGAAACUUGGAAAAGCGCCAAAAGAUUAUCCUAAUGCCGAUAAUAUGCCUCAAGUUCAAGUUGCUUUACGGGAACUUGGCCAAGGGAAACAGGUCCGAAAAGAUGAUGUUAUCGCCUACAUCGUGACAGGAGAAGGGAAAACAUCUGAGAGUGCCGCCAAACGUUCAUUUACCCCUCAAGAUGUAAUGAAGCGCGAUUCAGGUCUCAAGCCAGACGUUGAAUGGUAUCUUUACAAACAAAUUUUCCCACCCGUCGAGAGAUUGUGUGCAAACAUCUCCGGCACUGAUACAGUACGCCUGGCUGAUUGUCUCGGACUUGAUGCACGCAAAUAUAGCAUCAAUAACAACAACUCAGCGGGCAGCAAUGAAGCAGAAAUCCAUCCCCUCGAGAGUCAAAUUGAUGAUUCUGUGCGCUUUAAGGAUUCGACUCGUCUCACUCUCCGCUGUCGAUCAUGCAAAGCUAUGUUCGGAUUCGAAGGUAUACUCAAUAGUACUGAGAAUUGCUCUCCGUCCGGUAUAAUCUGUCGCUGUGGCACCACUCUCUCAACCCUUUCUAUCAUGACACAACUCGAACAUCAAAUUCGUCAAGAAACAUGUAAAUAUUAUGAAGGCUGGCUCGUGUGCGAUGAUCAAGCAUGUGGUAAUCGUACCAGACAAAUGAGUGUUUAUGGUCAUAGAUGCUUGGGACCAAAGGGGUUGGCUCAAGGAUGUUUGGGCAAAAUGCGAUAUGAAUACACCGAGAAAAUGAUGUAUAACCAAUUGCUUUACUUCUCCAGUUUGUUUGAUGUGGAUAAGGCGAAGAGUAAUGCUAGGGGUACGGAGAAAGAACUCGUUUCAGCAUUAGCAGAACACAACCGAGUCAGAUUUGGUACGCUAAAAAGUGUAGUGGAGAAAUAUCUGGAUAAAUGUGGUAGGCAGUGGGUUGCGAUGGAUAGUCUAUUUGGCAAAUUGGGUUUCUCGGCUAUGUGA